AUGGGUGAUGAAGACAAAGCAGAGCCAAAAGUACGGCUGUCACCACAGGCCAUAUCAAAACCCACAGAAGAUUCCAGGAAAGUAAGUGGAGAAUUGAUUAAUGAAAACAAAAGUAAAGAUCUGGUAAGUAUUGAACCAACUGAAGAUGAAACUCCAGAAGAGUUGGAUUCAAUCCCAACGUCCAGACCUGCAAAAAGAAAACAUACAGAUACUUUAGAGGAAGAUAUCAUCAUAAUAGAAAAUGACACUGUAAGAAAUGAAGAAGAAAUAGAUGAUGGAAGAGAUGAAAAAGAUGAAACAUCAUCAGUUGAGUUUAAGGUGUUUAAGAAAAGAAUACUACCGGUAGCUCAAAAAGAGAAAUUGAAAGAUGACAAUACUAAUCAGGAUAAAAAUGACUCUAUCUCUGGUCCUGCACCAGGAGCUGCAAAAUCUAACCUCAGGCCACGAAUAUCAAAGAUAAAUAAGGUAAAAAAGAAGACAACAGCAAAUGGCAAGAAAGGAAGUGAAGGAGACAGCGAUGAAAAUCAAGCAGUGUCUCAGGCUGAGUAUGCUCAGAAUCUUGGCCUGCAACCAACUAUGCAGUUCAAGUGUUACCGUUGUGGUGAGAAAGGUUUUCCAUCGAUGUUGGCUUUGAAUAUGCAUCAACGAGGAUGUGGAGAAGCUCAGACGUCCAGCUUCAUUACAAAUCUUCAGUCUGAUACAAUGCCUCCCUCUGAUCCUAAUAUGUUAAAAAAUUUUAGAAUAACAAGAAAAGUUUAUCUAUGUUCUGUUUGUGGUACGUAUUACAAAAAUUAUUUUCACCAUCACUUCAUAGUAAAUGACCCAACAGCUAAAUGCACCCUUUGUGGAGUGAAGUGUGGCCACAACUACACUUGUCCAAAGAGUAAUACACCUAGGGCUCUAACUCAAAGCUUAGGUGUUGGUAGCCAUCCAACGUCUAUCAGUAAGGCACAAUCUGCAACUCUUACCAAAUACAACUUAGCAGUCUCUAAAAACAGUAAACCUGGACAACUAUGGAUGGGUACGAAAACCAAGGCCCUUCAGUCAUCAGAUAAUAAUGAAUGGAUGGAUAAGAAAACCAAGACCCUUCAGUCAUCAGAUAAUGAUGAAGACUAUGAUAUAAGUCAUGCUGCCAGCUUUUGUCAUGUAGAUAUUGCUGAUGGUUCUGGGGAACGUGAUAAAAGUGGAACAGAAGAAAGUCCUAUUGUUAUAGGAUAUGACAGCCCAAUACCGAAUACUAAUUUAGCUAUUGAAGAAGAAAGAGAGCCUUCUGAGACGUUACAACAGAAUCGAGAAGAAAAUAAUUCAACUGAGACGGACAUUCAGCCUGCUGAAACUAAUCCAGAAACAACUGAACCUACUGUUGAGCAAGAAAAUCAGCAAGUAACUCCAAAGAAUAGUGAAGAAAAUGGAGAAGAAGAUUAUUCAUCUGAAACAGAAUACACUAAUAAUAAACCUAUAGAAGAGGAACAACCGAUACAAGACAGUAAUGUUGAAAGUGAUAAGCCUAAUGAUGAAAUAGUGGAAAGAAACUUAUCAGAGGAGUUAAUAUCAAAAGAAUUGAGUGAUGAUGGUAAAGAAAUGGAUCACAAUGAUAUAGAUGAAUCUUCAAAAGAGCAAGAACAGCCUGGUGAUAGUGAACUUAAAGAAGAUUCUAUUACCACUACAAUGGAUGUUGAUAAAACUUCCAAUGUUAAUGCUAACGUGUCACCACCUGAAAAUAAUAAGGAUGCUUCUAUGUCAUCUGACUCAGAUGAUGAACCUGAAACUCAUUUAAGUGUUAAUCAAGAAGAUUCUGAUUCAUCUUCAGAUGAAAGUCAUGAUGAUGAUGAAGAAGAUGAUAAAAAGAAGACAGACAGCAAUCUGUCAGUUGAUCUUGAUAAAGACAACUCAUCUUCGGAUAGUGAUGAUAGUGAUAAGUCUAUUUUGGAAGUGGAUGAAAAAUCCAAGGAGCUCUCAAAAGUCAACUUGGAAGACAAUAAAAACGACCCUGAUGAAGCUGUUUCAGAAGAAAAAAAUACAGUUUCUGAUGAAGGCUCAAAAGACUUUCAUAUUGAUACUGAUCCUCUAACAGACAAACGUAUAGAAAAUGAUAAUGAUGAUAAUGAAACAUUAAAUGAUGUAUUAGAAGAACCUCAUCUCCCGCCUCCAGAAGAAGUCAAUGAUGGGAUACCUCUUGCUGGGGAAGAUGUACCUGCUAUGGCUCUCACUUUAGAAGAUAAGCUUGAAAACACUAGUUCACAAUCUGUUGUCAAAGAAUGUGUUCGUACUUCUUGUUUAAACUGUGUGUAUUGUAGUCACGCAAUAAAAAUUGCUGUCAAUGGAAAACAGUUGGCAUUACAUCUUCUUGCUGAACAUAGGUACAAACCUAUAAAAAAUAAUGAAACUAGUCAAUACAUGAUAAAAAAACUUAAGAAUUCCCUGAAUGAAUUGGAGUCUGUAUUUUUCAACACCGACUCAUAUGAUAGUUCAGACAAAACUCCAAAUACUACUUAUGAAUGUUUUCAGUGUAGGUUUGUAACUAAAAUUCACAAAGAACUGUAUGUUCACAAAAGGAAAAUGCAUAAAAAAACAGUCUUACUUUGCGUUAUGUGUAAAGCUAAUUUCUAUAGCUAUAGUGAAUUGCUAUGUCAUAUGUGCCCUGGAAUUUAUGCAUUUGAUGAUAUCAAUUUCAGGUGUUGUUUUUGUAAUCUGGAUAUGAUUCCAUCAUCAUUUCGAUUGAUGGUUCAUUUGAGAAAAAGUCAUCAUACUUGUGAUAUAUGUCUGGAAGUAGCAGGAGAUCAACAAAAACUCUCAACACACAUGAGAAAGCACAAAUUAAAUCAUCUCUGUUAUAGAUGUGGAAUUUCUUAUUGUAAUAAGCCUGAUAUAACGGAGCAUUUGUUUUGGAAACACGGCACAGAAAGUGUAUUAUGUAAAAAGUGUUUACAGAAGAAAUGGCCUCAUGUAUAUCAUUUUUGCAUCCCUCCCACAGUGUUUAUUUGUGAAGAAUGUAAUGCCAGUUUUACAAAAGCAGUUGCUUUAAAAGUGCAUAAGAGGUUUCACGGUGGAGAGUUCCCAUAUUGUUGUAGCAAUUGUGAUAAAAGAUUUGUUUCAAAAAAGUUACUUUCUAAACACGAAGACGUACAUAAUCAAAUGUCUUCAGAGGAAAAAUCAUUUGUAAAUAAGGAUGAGUCAGAGGAUAGUGAAAGUAAGUCGGAUGUUGCUCCUGGGGCUAAAAUAAAGAGAAAGAAGAAAAAAGAUAGAGAUCGAAAGGAUAAGCCCAUUCUUGAUGUUUAUGAUCUUCCUCCCUUAAAUCUGUCAUCUGAGAGUGAUUCCUCUGAUGAAGAAAUAAAACCAGCAAGUUCAGAACAGGCAGAGGAAAAAAUGUUUACUGAACCGACGGUGGGUGAAGAACAGAUUGGUGUAAAUGAUGAGAAAAUUGGACCUAGUGCUCCAGAUAAUCCUGAAGAAUCUCCAGAAGAAAGCCUACCCCCUGUACCUAUCGUUGAUGGAGUAUGGGAUAACUUUCAGUCAUACAAAGCUGAACUUGAAAAGAGAGAAUGUAAGGAUCUAUCUCUACCCAAUAUAUUACCCUCUACUUCAACAGCUGAGCCUAAAACUUCACCUGAUAUAUUACGCUCUACUUCAACAACAGAACCUAAAACUCCACCUAAUAUAUUACCCUCUACUUCAACAACAGAACCUAAAACUCCACCUGAGCCAAUUGAGGAAGAUUUGUCUAAUUGGGCUCUUAUAGAUCACAGUUAUUGUCUAAUUCCUGGUAAAUCUAAGCAGGAUGAGAAUGAAGAAACAGAACCUCCUGCAACGCCUCCUCCAACAGUUGAACCUCCAACAGAGUUACUUUCAAGUAACAAAAAGAAACAGAAGUCACCCAAAAAGAAAAAACAUGUUACAAAUAGUUCAUCAUCAAGUGAUUCUAGCAGUGAUUCAGAUUCUUCCAAUCGCAGUUGCAGAUCAAACUGUAGUUGUUCAAGCUCUAGUUCCAAUAGUUCCAGUUCACCUAGUUCCGAUUCUGACAGUUCAACAUCGGAAGGCAGACGAAGGCUUACAGCUAGAAAAGAGAAGAAGAAAGAAAGGUUAAAACAUAAACAUCAUAAAGAAGAGUUGACUCCUACUCCUGAGGAACCUCCACCAUCUCCUCCAGAUGAAGAUCUUGUUGUCGAUGCUCCUGCAGAAGCAGUUGAAUUACCAAUAAGAGAAUCAGAUUUAGACACAGAUGAGUCAUCUACUGAUGAAGAUUUCUAUGACAAGUAUCCUCAGAGCCAGGCCAAACAGCAGAUGGAGAAGAGAAACUUGAUGUUGUUGGCUAGUGUUGCACCUGUGAAUAAUGGAACGGUUUCUCCACCACCACCACCUCCACCAACACCACCACCACCACCAGCUCCUACUAUUGAGGCAACAUCUCCUCCGUCACCUGUUAUUAGAAGAAAGGUUAAAAAUAAGAGAAGACGAAGAUCCCAACAAAGUAAAAAGUCUACAAGUAAAACCGGGUCACCACAUCAGCAGAUUAAACCUUCUAUGUCAAUGAAUGUACCGAGUGCAACGUCUACUCCAGUUUCCUUGGUGUCAACAAACCAUCAUAAUCUGAUAACAAAAGUCGCUUCACCCCUCCGUACACCCAUCGUUACUUUGCAGUCGGAUGCAACAGCAGGCAGUGGUUCUGAGAAUGAAAGUGCACGAUUCUCAAAGAGAAAACGUGUGCGCAACAAAUUCUACGGUUACUCAAGUGAAGAAGAAGAACAAGAGAAGCCAAGUUUGAAAUGGAGAAUAGUAGAGACAGCCCCGUUGCCUCAACUUCCACCCUCCGGACUGAACUUCCAGCCAACCCUGUCGAUACAGAGGCCACAAGUUGCACCGUUACAGUUAAAAAGACUAAAACAGAGUGAAUCCAGCGAAAGUGACGAGGAAGAGGAGGAAGAUGACAGGAGAGCACCUGUGAAAAAAGCAGAUUCGAGCAACAGCAGUAGCAGUAUUGAAAGUGAGAACGAAGCGGACUCCAAAGAAAAUGUUCAAAAGGAACAGACUGAAAAAAGUGACAAUUUAUACUGUUAUUGCCAUUGCCCUUAUGAUGAAGUGUCGGAGAUGAUCGCGUGUGAUGGCCAGGAUUGUACGAUAGAGUGGUUUCACUUUGAGUGUGUUGGUAUCAUGGUACCACCGAAAGGUAAAUGUCGGAUGCAACAGCAGGCAGUGGUUCUGAGAAUGAAAGUGCACGAUUCUCAAAGAAAAAAACGUGUGCGCAACAAAUUCUACGGUUACUCAAGUGAAGAAGAAGAACAAAAGAAGCCAAGUUUGAAAUUGAGAAUAGUAGAGACAGCCCCGUCGCCUCAACUUCCACCCUCCGGACUGAACUUCCAGCCAACCCUGUCGAUACAGAGGCCACAAGUUGCACCGUUACAGUUAAAAAGACUAAAACAGAGUGAAUCCAGCGAAAGUGACGAGGAAGAGGAGGAAGAAGACAGGAGAGCACCUGUGAAAAAAGCAGAUUCGAGCAACAGCAGUAGCAGUAUUGAAAGUGAGAACGAAGCGGACUCCAAAGAAAAGGUUCAAAAGGAACAGACUGAAAAAAGUGACAAUUUAUACUGUUAUUGCCAGUGCCCUUAUGAUGAAGUGUCGGAGAUGAUCGCGUGUGAUGGCCAGGAUUGUACGAUAGAGUGGUUUCACUUUGAGUGUGUUGGUAUCAUGGUACCACCGAAAGGUAAAUGGUACUGUCCCGAUUGUAGAAAAAGGAGAGACUUGAUGUAAAUAAUUUUUGUUUGUGUACUGAAAUCAAGGUAGGCCUCCAUUUUUUUGUGCCAGGAUUUUUUUAAGAAAUAUCUCUUGUUACA